UGUUAGUGAAAUUCCAAAGAUAUCAGUCAAAGACAUCAAGUACGAUGAAACCCCCAUCGGCCGGGGCGGCUAUGGCUAUGUAUACCGUGGUGUCCAUAAGGAUCUCGAACUGUCGCCAUCAAAACAAUGAUCUCUGAUGGACUACUGCCUGCCAGGCAUCAAAGAGUCUUCAAGGCUGAGGGCAAGAAGCUUUGGGAGCUGCAGCAUCCCUCCAUUGUGCGUCUGCUCGGCCUCAUCAUGGAGGAAAACAACUACUCCCUCAUUCUGGAGUACAUGCAUUUUGGCAGUCUCACUGCUUUCCGCUCCGACUUUGUGGACCUAGACUGGUCACUGUUGGUCAGUAUUAUCCGUGAUGUAAUCAGUGGGUUGGCUUAUCUGCAUGAACCCGAUCCACCAAUCCUCCAUCUUGACUUGAAGUCUGACAACAUCCUUAUCAACAGAAGGAUCAGAGCUAAGAUCACAGACUUUGGCCUGUCUCAAUGGAAGACGAUGACACGGACCAUGACUAGGAACCAGGGUGGGGAUGAGAAGGGGAGGAAGGGUACAGUCACCCACGUGCCCCCAGAAGUGUGGAACAACAUCAACACUCCUCCCAACAAGGGAUAUGAUGUCUACAGCUUUGGCAUUGUACUGUGGGAGACAGUGGUUGGAGAUAGGCCUUUUGCUAGAGUGAGUGACGACAUCAUCCCCAAGGCUGUGCUGAGCGGUCAGAGACCCGACAUGACCAUGAUCCCUUCCCAGUGUCCUCGGGAGGUGAUGGAGAUGAUGACCCGAUGCUGGACACAACAGUCAGACAAGAGACCAACAUUCGCAGAAAUGAAAGUGGAGAUUGAUUCUUUGUUUGAGAAGCUCGCACCUGCAGUGCCAGAGGCCUUAGGGAAACUGGAGAAGGAGAUUGCAAAGCUAUAUGAUGCUGAAGAUCUUGGAGGUGAUACUGCAGCUACCGCUGAUUCUGAGAGUAUUUUUGAUGCAGCAACCAAACUCACUAAGCCACUGACCGACCUCUCCACCACAAGUCCUAAGAGUGUUGAAAUGGAGGACAUAGGUGAAGAAGAGGAUAUCCCUCAAACCACAGGACCUCCUGUUCCUAAGGGACAGAGUCAGGCCAUUGUAGGACUACAGGAUGAAGAAGCUCCUGGGCCUAGUCGAGGUGCAUCCACAACUGCUGCCUCAUCCUCAACAUCUAAAGCAUCUACAUCAUCUAAAGCAUCUACAUCAUCUACAGCAUCUACAGCAUCUACAGCAUCUGCGGCAUCUCCAGCAAAAGCUGGCUCUGCUGGAUCUUCAUCACAAGCCAAGCCUAACACGCAGAAAGGGUCAACUGCAGCUAAAGCAGCAGCAACAACAGCCACAACAACAACAACAACAACAGCUAAGGCAACAUCAUCUACAGCAACAUCUAGGUCCUCAGCAUCAGGAACUACCACUGCACCAGCAACAGCUACACCAGCACCUUUUGAGAUGACUGAAGAACGGGAGAAAGCCCUUCGACGUGUACUUCGGGAUCCGGUAGGGAUGCUUCUCUUGCACAAGGAUGCUCAGCUUUGUAAAAAGGUGUUUGGAGUUGACCUGGAGCUGCAGAAGAAGAUUAAAGACCCCAAGGAGCUGUUGAAGCUUAUGGAAAAGGAUCCAUUCCUCAGGAUGGAACUGAAGAGGAAAGGAGCAGAACAUGUAGGUUGGCUGUUCUUUCCCCACAGGAUGAAGGAUGAAAUCAGGAGAAAGAGGCCAAACCGGACUCCAAAACCAGAUGCAGUGGAAAGAAUGAGGAGAUUGAAAGAGGAACGACAGAAGAGAGAGAACAAGGAUCCUAAGAUGGACUUUGACCGUAGAGAAAAGAAGAGUCUAGCAUCUGGGUUCCUUGGACUGUUUAAGAAGGAGAAGCACAAGAAGAUGGCUAAGGAUCCUAUGUCCCGAUACAGGGAUCAUGAAGAAGAUGCAUAUAGAGACAUGAUGGCUAUGCGGAUGAGUAUGGGAGCAGACAGUUUGACUCCUGAUAUGAGUUACAAACUCAAGAGAGCACUUCGAGAUCCUCAGAUGAUCAGAUAUCUCCUUCGUGAAGAGACACCCCCCAGGAUCAAUCCGGUGGAUCGAGAGGUGAUGGACAUAAUCCGAGAUCCUGAAAAGUUGCUUCUAUACAUGAAGCAGGAACCAGUGCUGCUGGAAAUCCUUCAAGCCACAGACAAGGGGGCUUUGAUGAAGCUUGUAGCUCGGUCAGGCGGACCUCAGUCUUAUCGCAUGCGCCACAUGAGAGGACCAAGGAGCCGGAUGCCGGGGAUGUACCCAGGGCUGGAGCAGGACAUGAUGGAUAUGGACCUGGAGGACGAGAUGAGGAUGUACGGGUACUCAGGCAGAUAUGAACACAACAGGCAGACAAUGCAACUCAUGGACAUGUUGAGGAAACCAGGGCUCCCGGGUUCUAUCUAUGACUCUUCCUCAUCAUCAAGACCCAGCACUGUGUCCAGACCCCCGAACAACUCAUCAGCUUCAGCCUCUGCAGCCAGCAACACCGCUGCCACCAACACUGUGUCCAAACCCCCAAGCAACUCACAAGCUUCAGUCUCCAUAGCCACUAGUUCCAACACUUCUACCAGCAGCACCGCUGCCACCAACACUGGCCCAAACAAAGACACCACUACCGCCACUUCUAACACCACGGCCGCCACCAAAGAUCCCGGACCUGGAUCUAAAGAUCCAAGUGCCACCAAAGCAGGAACAAUAACUUUGAAAUCCUCAGCAACAGAGAGCAACGCUGGUUCUAAGUCUGCAGCCACCAACAUCUCCCAGACUGCAGGGUCAGCAGUGGGUGCUGCUGCUGUAGGUGUUAAUGCAGGUGUUGCUGCUGUAGGUGUUAAUGCAGGUGUUGCUGGU